CAGUAUUUGACAGCAUACAUAAAUCAGAAUGAUAUACAACAGUGAUGUAGAUAUGAAUUUUAAAUCAUAAAAAUAGUGGAACUGGAGUGCAACAAUAACUACGUAUUGUAAAAUUCAACACAUCAAAGAUUAAAAUAAAACAUGUGCUGUAUCAAUUAAUCUAUAGAAGCCGAAAAUAACCAUUUUUACAGACGAGUAACACUAUGAUCGUACCAGAUUUCGGUAGUAUCAUUUGAUAUUUUAGUAAACGUCGUGAAUGGGAGUGCAUACGGUAUCAUCUGUCAAAUUGUGUCUGAAUUUUUCAUGAAUACAUCUCAACUGUGUAAAAUUUGUCUUACAAAAAUUACUGGCUAGAAUUUCGUGUUUUUAAAUGUACAAUUAAACGUCGCAUCCAACAGUUUUUCACAAUGGGGGAACAACCAAUAUUCUCCUGCAAUGCUCAUGUUUUCCAUAUAGAUCCCAAAACUAAAAGGACAUGGAUAACUGCUAGUUCUAAGGCUAUAUCAGUCAGCUUUUUUUAUGACUCUUCCCGGAAUCUCUACCGCAUCAUAAGUGUAGAAGGCAGUAAGGCGGUAAUUAAUUCGACUAUAACUCCUAAUAUGACGUUUACUCAAACAUCACAAAAAUUCGGGCAAUGGAGUGACGUUCGAGCUAACACCGUAUAUGGUUUGGGUUUCGCGUCAGAGGCGGAACUUGGCAAGUUUAUAGAAAAGUUUCAAGAAGUGAAGGAGGCAACAAAAAAUGCCCUUAACAAAGCAUCUACCAAUGGAAACUCAACGGUUACUUCCGCGAAUGCAUCUCCAGUUACAGCGCGCUCUUCGAUGUCCAACAGCGAUAGCUUCGACCCUAACAACAUUGAUGCUCCCAUUACCGUAACUGGUAAUGUACCAACGAAUAUUAAAACUGAAAGCCCUUCUCACCCCACAACCAACGACGCACUCAAUAAUGUGAAUCCCAUAAGUACCGAGCUGAAACAGAUGUCUAUCAAUUCUUCAUCCAGUGAUGGUAUGACAACUUCCUCUGCAGAACAACAGCUUAAAUAUGAAAAUGAACGGUUAAAGUUGGCCCUUGCUCAAAGUUCGGCCAAUGCUAAAAAAUGGGAAAUUGAGCUAUCUACUCUAAAAAGCAACAAUCUUCGACUGACAAGCGCUUUACAGGAAUCCACCGCAAACGUAGACGAAUGGAAGCGCCAGCUGCACUCCUAUAAAGAAGAUAAUCAACGGCUAAAGAUCCGUUAUCAAGAGUUAGAAACUUCCAAAGGUAGUAACACAGCCACAGGUAGUGCGGGAUCAGCAGCAACCACUGGAAACACUGAAAUGGCAGACGAGCUUCGUCGCGAGAUAUCGUUGUUGAAAAGUCGAAUUGAAGAUUUGGAAAAGGAACUGAUGAAUCAGGAAAUUGAACUGAAGGCUGCCAACAAGAGCUUGAAGGACAAACAAAACGAUCCUACGGUUAAGCAGCUCACGACAUUGUGUAGUCAAUUCUCAGUACACAUAACUGAACUGAACGGUCUCCAAAAGGAAAUGGAAAAAGUUAUUCAAACUCAUCACAAAACCACUUGAGAAUUAUACGAGAAAAAUGUUCAAACCAAGAAAUUAAUGGACGCCAUAAAUGUUCAUGAGGAUUGCCAUAGGAAUGAUGGCAUUAUGAUGAAAUCUCUCAACAAUAAUUUUACCGCCAGCAACAACGACAAGGUUGAUCCUAAAUUAGACUACAAAGGUUAUAUACUCACUAACUGUAGCACACUUACCAGCGCAUACCAGCAACCAGUUGAAACCUCUACAACUGAUGCACAAAAACGGUCUUUAGCGAUUGCACCGAAAACUGUAAUUCCUAAUCGUGCUAACUCUGGCAUCGUUCUGAUUACCGCCAAACUAAACCAGUCAGAUGAAAGCAAACUCAUCCAGUACAAUGUCAGCAGUAGCAGCGGCAUCACAAGCACUAAUAAACUAAGCAAAGCCAAUCUGGAUAAACUGAACUCUGUUCGAGUAGCAGCAACAGAAGAUCUCACUCUAAUCGCACAGAAGCAUGCCGCUUUUGGUUCCGAUGAACAACAGCAGCAACCGAAAACAGCUACCAUUUUGGUUUCAAAAUCAAAAACGAAAACUGGACUUCCACUCCUGUUGAAGAAAUCUAAAUAGCGACUUUUAAAAUUUUAAGUUUUUUAAAAUCUCACUUUCGAAUUUUCAGUAGGCAAAAAACAUAUUUGCAUUUUCCAUAGUCAGUUUAAGGCUUGCAUACAUAACUAACAAUUCCCACUUCCCCAUACCAACCCUUUCAUUUUAUGAAUGUUUUCAAUGUUUCGACCAUCAUUUCAAGACAAAUUUGGCUCUAAAAUUUAGUUAUUAUUUUUCCAUUGCAUAUAGUCAAUAUUAGUUAUGUUUUUAAUCAAUCCUUACAUUCCUUAUAUUUUUAAGCUGAAAAUCAGAUUAAACUGAUUUCGAGGUCUACAUCAGUACUCUGUUUUGUAAGACUGUUUUCAGUCCGAACGAAUUCAAAUCGCUGUUAUUUUGCUAGUGCCAGGUAACGAAUUCUACAGUCAGAAUCAAAAAGAGUGUUAUCAUGAACAAUGCUCUUUUAAUCCAGUUCACUUCUUCUUCAAUGGCUCUACAUUCCAACUGGAACUCGGCCUGCUUUUCAACUUAGUAUUCAAUUAUCAUUUCCUCAGUUAUUAAUUGAAAGCUUUUCUAUGCCCGCCAUUGCAUGAGUAUGUAUCUUGUGUGGCAAUUGAUACACUAUGCUAACAUUCGUCAGGCUGGUCAGAAAAGAAUGGUAGGUACUUGGGAAAACAGAUGCCACAUUGCGCAUCAUCGAUUUCGAGUGUCCUCGAUUCGACCGCAUUUUUGUACGACAAUUUACAUGGUUUGCUCGUUUCGAGUCAAGAUGCGCAAAGCCAUCUCAGCAAUUGCCUUCGAUCCAUCGAUUGUGGCAUUGCAGAUACGUAAACAGCAAGGCUGUCUUCAGUGUUCCAUACUUGAUGAUCUGGCCGAAAAUCGAAGGAUAGAAUAUGAAUAUACACCCGUUUUCUUAUUUAGGACGAACAAAACAUUCGUAGCGAAUUCGAUUCGUUCCAUAAUUUUCCCGUCCAAUUUCUUAGGCGUAAAUGAAAAUGCGCAUCAACUUUUGAAAGAGCAUCCAAACGUUAACUAGAUCAUGGGGGGUUUGAUUUGGUAUAAAACAUCAACACGUAGGAAGUAUUAAUAAUACCUCUUUUGUAAUAUAUAUAAUACAUAAAUAUAUAUAAACAUAUAUAUAUAUAUAUAUAUGUAUACACACACCCGAUUCUGUUUUUACACAGAUUUUUUUACACGGCCGCGUAAAAAAAAAUCCCAUACAAAAUUUUUGCAAAGUUGCACCAUUUUGCAUGAUUUGUCGAGAAAUCAUAAAACUUUUUUUACACGGAUUUUCGAAUUUUAAACUGAAAACUUUUUUUAUACGAAACGCAUCCCCUGUGUAAAAAAAGAAUCGAACGAAAUAUAUAAAAACAAGUUGACAUUUCCUUUGAGGCAAUAUAACUCAAGAAAGGAUGGACCGAUAUGCAAGAGUUCCUCGCUAAUCGAUUCGUCUUGUUAUCAGCUGUGUUUAAAUAUGAAGAAACACAUUUUUUAUGGUUCAAACAACAUCAAAAAGAUAAACUGUUCACGAGUUGUGGUGAAAUCUAGAAGGAUCGCACAAAAACCGAUCUAGAGUGAAGUGCUGUAAAUGUUUCGAAUCCGUGCAACCCAUGGUACGUUCUCACAUAACGUUCUGCUAGUAUCUAUUAUAUGAUUUCAAUAAGUACCGAGUUGUAAUUGACUCUGAAACAAUCGAAAGAUGUGAAAAAUUCACUGCGGGAACUUAGAGCCUAAUUUGGUCAACCCUGAAAAUGCAUAUUUUAUCUCCAUAAAUCUCCUUUACAGUAAAUAAAGCCCUCGGAAAUUGCUUUAUUUUUGGAAAUAUGCGAGAAACUGGCCAAAUUGGGAACAUGGCCAAAACUGGUACAGUCACCCUAUAUAGAAUUUUAUACGGUAUUCGGACUACGAGCUAUCCCACGUGACAUAGAGUGUCACGAUAUGAAACGUCAAUACAUUAUUUCCAGUGAAAAUUGACAUCAAGUUAUUGAAGGCGAUUCGAUCAUACGCUUGCAAUUACAUAGUAAUGAAACUCAAGUCUGUAAGACCCAAUUUCAAUAACUUAUUUUAACCUAAUUCAUAGUUAAAUAAUAAUUAACAAAUUUGUAUUGAUGCUAGCUUACUUUUAGUAGUUUUCAAUCGUUUUUGGUCUAUAUUCGUGGGUCAAAAGUUCAGCUAACCGCACCCUGCUCAAUUUCCGAUAUUUCAUCCAAAAUCGAAAUCAUUUGAAUUCCGGUAUUUUUUAAAUAUUUCUCGGGUACUUAUUCAAAAGGACGUAUGUGAUUUUGUAAACAAAGAUUCGAACGUCGAUUUGUCCAAUCUGAUAGCACUCCCACGCAAACCAUCACGACAGACAGGUAGAGGAAGCCUUCGGCUACCUGUUGGUGGUGUUGGUUUGCGUGAGAGGGCCAUCCGAUUGGACAAAUCGACGUUUGAAUCUUUGUUUACAAAAUCACAUACGUCCUUUUGAAUACGUACCCGAGAUUUAUAGGUUAUUCCUCACGAAUCAACUAUCAACAAGUUAUAUCUUUGAGGAACACAUAGCAUUGAGCUAUUUGAUCGCAGAAAUAUAAACUAGGGGUCUAUGAAAUUAUGAGCCUUUCUCGUGUUGCAGCGCAGGUCAUAAUAAAUAAUUGAAAUUUCAUAAUCAUUUAAGCCCCAAACGCAAUACAACGGAAAAUUUGACAGUUAGCCCAUAUAUUUUCUGUCAAAUUUGCCGUUUCCGUCGCCGUUCCGUUGUAUUGCGUUUGGAGCUUUAGAAUAAGUUACAAAAACUAGCUUUUUACCUUCAUAACUAGUGGAAAACAAACAAGAAACUGUCAGGCAGAGUUGUAGAAGUCCAUCAUACAACACGUUUUGAAAUUCAGGUUCUUAAAUGAUUAUUAACAAUUUGCUAAAUGAUCGAACCCAAAUUACUAAUUGAUCGACACCCUCCUUGUAUUCAGCCUGUUAUUUUGAAGCUCCUAGUUUUUAUUUCCUCGCUUAUUCCUAGUUCUUUUUUUAUCAGCAAUCCAAAAGCGUUAACAUGUGUGCUCUUCAAAGAUAUUACAUAUUAACAGUUGAUUUUGGACCGAAAUCAUAUUUCAAGUGCAAAAUCAGAUCUUUGCCACCCUGAAUAUGUACACAAUUGAUAGUAUCAUGAAAAUCAGUAGUAUCUUGAGAAUCAAUUGAUAGUGUCUUGAAAUGAUGAAAUAAAAAUAAAAACAAAUCACUCCCCGAUUCCCAUUCCCCCAUACGACUGCUUUUAUCGCAAUUAGUACAUCUAAGUUUGUAACAGCCUGAGAUUUAUAUUCUACUUUAUCUCAUGAUAAAGUGUUUUAUUGAAAAUCUUAAAAACAUUUAGAUAGAUUUACAGCAUUUUAAUGUACAUUACAUACAAAGUUUUAUGUAACCAAACAGUCAAUAUUAGUUUUUGAUUUUAGUUAUAUUCAGUGUUGUUUUCAUCACCAAAGAUUUAUUGUAUAGCAAAUAUUCACUUUAUGUAUUGUGAAGUGUGCAGCGCAGUUGAUUCCAUAGAAAAUAACGCAUUCAAAUAUACUCUAAUAACAAUCUAUAACGAAUGUUAUUUGUCAUAUAACAAUAGUAUAUAUCAAUGAGCAGCCAUUUUUAUGUUACUCACAGGGUAGAUGAAAAGUUUUACUGGUCAUUAAAAGUAUUGAUUUUUAUUUUAAUCAGAUAUUAUAGUAUAAGUUCAAUGCAUAUUUAAACGAUCGGAAUAAACAAUGUAGGAUACAAAAUAAAUGUGUUUAUUUGUGAUUUUGUAGAAAAGAUAAUUAGACUAUUUAAAUUUGAAAGUGCUCCAGCAGACUUGGAAUAAACUAGGCUUGUUUUUUUUGAAAUCUCAUUUCUCUCAAUCACUCAUUAAUGACAACAUUGAACUUUAAUUUGGAUUAUUAGAAACAUAGAAUACAUAUUAAGAUAUUCAAGACACUCCCCCCAUCAACAAGAAAAUUGCUUUCUUGCUCUUCAUGACGAUAUAUAUAUAUAUAUUUACUCCUAGGUAAUCGGAGGAUGGAAAAUAAAUUAUUGUGUUUAAAACA